AUGUUUGACCAAAAACAGCUUAGACAUGCGCGCCUGAUACGUGCUCCGGGCGGGCGGGGCGGGAGCAGAACCAGGCUGCGCGAGCGAACACAGAACUACGCCCGUGCCGUGGCUGAUAGUGCGCAUGGUGGCUUCAGGCUCGGCCGGCCAAGCGACCUGGUCCUCCAUGUGCAGUUCUGGGGCGUGCGGCCCGCGCAUCAAGUCAACAUGAACAAUAGCGCUGGACACGGUCGUGCUGGCGAUUAUGAGGAUGCGAGUUCCACAUCCGACUCAGCUGACGGUGUUGCAAAAUGCGGGAUGGCGGACACGGGGGAGGCUGACCAGCUUGGCAAGCUCGAUAUGAAAGAACAUGUCUCUCGUGAUAAUGCGUGCAGCUGGAUGUGCGAGGUUGAGAAUUUCGCCCCGGAGCGAUCUGGAGUAUAA